AUGACUACGGCAGACGAGCCUCCUGCGGGCAGGGAGACGAUAGGCUCUGUGUCCCGGGCGGGCAAAGACGAUGAAGCUGCCGCCAUUAUGGCCGCGGCCAAGUUCCACCAUCCGUACACGCCCUACGACGUGCAGAUGGACUUUAUGCGGGCGGUGUACGACGCGUGCGCGACCGGCGGCGGCCAGGUGGCCAUCCUCGAGAGUCCCACGGGCACGGGUAAGUCGCUGUCGCUGAUCUGUGGCGCACUGACCUGGCUGCGGCAGUUCCGGCGGAGUCAGCAGGCGGCAGCAGUACAGGGCUCGACAGAGGCAGAAGCGGCGACGGCGACGGCUGGCGACGAGCCUGACUGGGUGGUGGAACAGAUGCUGCGACGACGAGGAGAUGCGCUGCGACAACGGUGGGAGAGACGCGAGGCACGGCUUGCAGCAGCGCGGCAGCGCGAGGCAAAGCAGGCGGCUGAAGAGGAGCGGCAGCAGCGGAUGGGCGGCGGGGCGGCGAGAAAGCGGCGGCGGGUAGACGUGCACAAUAGUGGUAGUGGAAGAAUGGCGACCACGAAGAAGAGAGAAGAUGAGGAGGAGGACGAGUUUCUGCUCGGAGAGUCGGGCGGCGGUGAUGCUGCAGCGACGGGCUUCGACGCAGACGACCGGUUGUCGUGGCUGUCGGCGGAGACGCGGGCGAUGAUGGAGAAGGCGGGACUGGUGGCGGGGAAGAGAGACGAGGACGAUGAGGAUGACGAGGACGGGGAGGAUGAAGUCAAAAUCUACUACGCCUCCCGCACCCAUUCGCAGCUCACGCAGUUCAUCGCUGAGCUGCGCCGGCCGACCUUUCCCUCAUCGCUGCCCGACUUCUCGCAGCCAGACAAGGAGAUAGAUGGAGUGGCAGCCGCUGCUGUGGACGAACCGAUCCGCCACAUUCCGCUGUCUUCGCGCCAGCGCCUCUGCAUCAACCCGGCCGUGGCCCGGCUGGGCUCCGUGGGCGCCAUCAACGAUCGGUGUGCGGAGCUGCAGAAGCCAAAGAAGAAGACAAAGACGGAUGACGGCAAAAAGAUCCCGGGCUGUCCAUUUGCGCCAUCGGCCGAAAAUCGUGUGGCUGAGCGACAGUUCCGCGACGCCGCGCUGGCCACGCUGCCCGACAUUGAGGACCUCUUCCGGUUGGGCACCGAGCUGCACGUCUGUCCGUACUACGGGUCGCGGCGGGCAGCCGAGGCUGGUGGUGGCGCCGAGAUCGUCACACUCCCAUACCCAUUGCUGCUGCACAAGGCAGCGCGCGAGGCUCUGGGAAUCCGGCUCGAAAACAGCGUCGUCAUCGUGGACGAGGCCCACAACAUCAUGGAUGCCGUGGCCGGCGUGCACGCGGCCGCCCUGCUGGCCGUCUAUGUGCGCCGCUUUGGACGUCGGCUGCGUGGCGAUGGCCGCGUCAUGGUCGGCCAGCUCGGUCGCGUCAUCCAGGGGCUCAGCGCCUGGAUGGAGGGCGGCGCCGACCAGAUCAACCUGUUUGAGCUGGUGCAGUACAUCCAGACGUCCAAGCUGGCCUUCAAGGUCGAGAGCUACGGCGCAUACGUGGAGGAAGAGGCCGAGAAGAACCAGAAAGUUCAGAAGACCGAAAACGACGCCCACAACGCCCACAAUCCCCCUGUCCUCCACACACUUGUCUCAUUUCUGCUGGCUCUGACCAAUCUCAGCGGCGAGGGCCGCAUCUUUUACGAACGGCUGCCGCUCGUGUCUCCUGGUGCAGCUCCCGACGUCAAGCUUUCCUACCUCCUGCUGUCGCCCACCCACGCCUUCUCUUCCAUUGCUGCCUCCGCCCGUGCCGUCAUCCUUGCCGGCGGCACCAUGGCCCCUUUCUCUGACUACCGCUGUCACCUGUUCCCCAGCCACGCCCCGGAGCGCAUCACCACCCUCAGCUGCGGCCACGUCAUUCCGCCUUCCAACCUGUGCGUCUGGACGCUGGCCUUCAUCUCACCGUCAUCACCACCCCUCGACUUCUCCUUCCAGAAGCGCAGCCUCGCCCAAACGAUUCGCGACCUCGGCGCCGCCAUGCUCAACCUCUGUGCCGUCGUGCCCGACGGCGUCGUGGUAUUUUUUCCCAGCUACGGCUACCUGGACGAGGUCGUUGCUGCCUGGAAGACGGCCGGCCCUGGAGCCACGUCGCUCUGGGACCGUCUCUGCGCCCGCAAGACCGUCUUCCUCGAGACCCGUGGCGCUGCCUCCAGCGACGACGUCCUGGCCGACUACAGCCGAGCGAUCCUGGGCGAGGAGCCCAAAUCACAGGGCGCUCUCCUCUUCAGCGUCGUCGGCGGCAAGAUGAGCGAGGGCAUCAACUUUGCUGACCGUUUGGGCCGCUGUGUCGUCAUCGUCGGCCUUCCCUUUCCGAAUCCCCACGCACCCGACUGGAAGGCUCGCAUGCAGUACAUUGAGGCCACGGCGAGGGACGCGAAUAGCAACAGCAGUGACAGCACCUCCCUCUCGCCGGCACAACAGGCCCGCGACUUUUACGAAAACGCCUGCAUGCGUGCCGUCAACCAGAGUAUCGGUCGCGCCAUCCGCCACCGCGCCGACUAUGCCGCCAUCAUCCUGGCCGACCACCGCUUCGCCACCCCGCGCAUCCGCAACAAGCUGCCCGCCUGGAUCCGCGACGGCAUGGUCGCCGCCAGCGAGGACCGUGGCCUGUCCGCCAUGGUCACCACCCUUGGCGGCUUCUUCCGCGGGAAAAAGGCAGAGGAUGCGGGCACGUGA